AUGAUGAUGAUUAUGAUGGUGAUGCUGCUGAUGAUGACGAUUUUGAUGAUGAAGCUGAUGAUGCUCGAGAUGGCGAUGGUAUGCGAAAUCAAAGUCGCCUCAGCGCCGCUCGAGAUCGCAGCGUCGGUCGAGAUCACAGCGCCGCUCGAGAUCGCCUGGGGCCGAUUCACGGGCCGUCGCGACGACCGCCGAGAUGACCGGCGGGAGAAUCGCAGGGAUGACCGAAGAGAUGACCGCAAGGACGAUCAGCGAGAUCGCGGCAGGCACGGCAAAGACGACGACCAUCGUCGAGGCGAUGAUGACGACAAGGACAAGGAAGCGAGGCCGAAGUUGGAGGAGGACGGCCUUGCCGGGGCCAACGCCGACUUCGAGGCAAAGUCACCCAAGGGCGGCAAAGGAGGCAAAGCCGGGAAAGGCGGCAAAGACGGCAAAGGCGGCAAAGACGGCAAGGGCGGCAAAGGCAAAGUCGUACACAAGGGCCUCCAGGAUAUCAAGCUCCCCGAUGCAUCGCAGCAAGGAAAGGAUGCCAAGCGGCAGCGGACGGAAGACUUUGCCACGCUCUCCGCCGCUUUUACCCAGCAGUUGCAGUCGCUGCAGCCGCAGCCGCAAGCUAUGUUUCCAAUGUUGAUGCCGAUGCAGCAGCAAGCCUUGGCGAUGCAACAGAACUUCGGGAUGAUGCAGCAACAGACGCAGCUGCAGCAGCAGCAGCAGCAGCAGCAGCCGCAGCAGCUACAGCUUCAGGAGCAGCUGCAGCAGCCGCAGGAGCCAAAAGAUCUGCCAGGCAUGAUGAUGGGCAUGCCGGCGCCAGUGCCGCCUCCUUCGGUGGUGCCGCCACGAAGUGGACAUCCGCCUGCGGUGGGCGACAUGCAGGAGGGGGAACCGGUGCUUGCCAUCCAAGACGGGGCACCCUCUGAGACGACGAGGGAAGUAGCGUUGGACACAGAUCUCUUGAAGACGUCUGCUGAUCUUCUGAAAGAAAUGCGGGAUCUGCUGGAGGAGGGAGAGAAUUUGAGCAAGACCUUCGAUGAAGCGAUCGAAGAGGAGAAGCAAAAGGCAGAGCGCUUGGACGAGCUGCAUCAGGCUCAGGAGGACCUCUUGGCGCAGACGCAGGAGGACCUCUUCGGCGAAGACAGAUUCCCCGCGCUUCCAGCCCCCGGCGAUGACUUGGCCACAGAGUUGUCAAAGGAACCGGCCGAUGAGAGAAAAGUGAUGGAAUUGGAUCAACCUGUGCAAGACGACAAAGAGGCCGAGAAGGCGGAUGAGCCUGAGAAGGGAAAGCCCGAGCAAGAGGAACAAGCGGAGGAGCCUGAGAAGGGAAAGUCUCCGCCGGAGGAGCUUGUAGAAGAAAAGAAGCCACAGACAGAGGAGCAUGAACAAACCACUGCGCAGGAGAUGCCCCAAACGGAUCAGCUUCAGAAGGAGGAGGACCAUCAGGAAGCACCGCAAACGGACAAGGUCGAGAUAGAGGAAUCCCAAGCAGAGGAGCACCAUAAAGAGGACUCCGAUGGCGAGCUUCCAGAAACCAAGACGACUGCGACCGCGACUCUUGACGAGGCGGAGGCGGCGGAGGCUCUGAAUCUGGAGGAGACCUUCCUGACCAAGCCGGCCCCGGCGCCAACUUCUCAGGAAGUGUCCUGCGUCAGGUAUUAUAUCGAUGGCUUCCAGACGCCCAUUCUCAACGGCACCUAUCAACUCAAGAGUGGCAAGUACGUGGGCCAUCGGCAGACGUAUUGGAAGAUGUGCAACGACAUGACGCAGGAGGUCUUCAUGUUCUUCUACGAGCAAGAGCAGAGGUGGCAGCUGUGCCCACUGUAUGAGGUGGGGAACUACGAUCCGGAACAGAGCAUGUUCAAACAAGCGAAAGAUGGAGAAGGACGAGGCCUGGCCUACAGCACGGCAGAGGAGCGAGUUUGGAGAGAGUUCGUCAAUGGCGCGUGGGUGCUGGCAGAGUUGCAUAUCAGCUGCGACCAGGGCAGCGGCAAAUUCGAUGCCGCACCAGAGCCGCACCAGACUGAGGUGCCAGGCACUCCGGGCCUACCGCCGAUCGGAACGUGGUCAGGGCAGGGAAACAUGCAGGCACCUCAGACGCCGGCUCUGGUGCCGGGUACACCUAACCUGCCGCCGCUGCAGCAGUUGCCGCCAACUCCAGCGCAAGCCUUCGGACAGGUGCCUGGUACCCCUGGAAUGCCGCCAAUGCCGCAGCAGUCGCCGCAAACUCCAGCGGCAGCCUUCGGGCAGGUGCCUGGUACCCCUGGAAUGCCGCCAAUGCCGCAGCAGUCGCCGCAAACUCCAGCGGCAGCCUUCGCGCCUGGCUUCCAGCAGGCUCCCGAGACGCCCUUUCAAACACCAGUACCGGGAACUCCCGGAUUGCCCCACAUGGCGCAGCCAGAUCCCAUGCAGUAUGCCCAGCAUUUCGCGGCCUUGCCCUCGGAGGAACAGAAUCCAGCGCAUCACCUGAUUCCCGAGCAUGUGCGGCCAAAGCAGCAACGCAGCCGUGAGCCGACAUACGCCCGGCCGAGCUUCCCG